GUGUCAAGUAAGCAAUUCGAUUACUAUCAAACAGAUGGUUUUAUCACGUUAAUUAUACCAAAGCGUGGUGUUGUUCUAGAUAAAUGCAAAGUAAUAUAUUCAAAGGAUAUUCUUCAAAUAUUUGUUGAUGAUGAACGUGUUUUUGAUGCGCAACUUUUCGGCCCUGUUGAUCAAGACAGUUUUCAUGUAAACUGCACUCCUUCAAAGGUGUUAUCGCGUAAUUAUUAUAAAUUUAUUCAAUUGUUAAUAAAAACCAUUAUUAACUUUUCAUUUUUUAUUCAAAAAUCCUUGAAGAUAAACUGGGACCAGAUUGCCAAAGAAGCUGAUAAUGAAGAAGAAAAUUCGAUUCAGGCUUUAUUCCAAAAAAUUUAUGCUGAUGCAGAUGAUGAUACUAAAAAAGCAAUGGCAAAAUCUUUUACGGAAAGUAAUGGAACAGUCCUUAGUACCAAUUGGAAAGAGAUACAACGUGGAAAAACAGAAACGAGACCUCCAGAAGGAAUGGAAUUUAAACCAGAGGAAAAAAAGAGAAAAUAG